UCUCGACUUGCAUAUCAGCUCCACGACAUUUUCUCAGCUACAGAGAGAGAAACUACGCACCACCCCCACGAACCGGUUCACCGAGUUUACGUACUCCGUACUUCUGUACCUUGCAUACCAUCGCAUCGCAUCCCGUUGCAGAUAUCCGCCCCCGUCGUCGUCUUCAGCUGCAACCCCGUGCCGCGAACUCACUUGAUACUUUGACGGACUCACCCGACGACGCUCACUCAUCACUCACCACACACCCCACGACUCCAGGCUAUCAAUCAUCGCUUCUGAACGAACUCUCAUUCCUCCCGAAUCCAACGCUCCCGAAUUCUCAACCCCCGGGACGUCAAUCUAUUACCCUUCAUCCCGCAGAAAGGAUCGAGCCAGGCACCCCCCUCUUCUCUCCCCGCCAGGCUACAGCUCCAUCAUCCACCGGCCUCACAUCACUCAUCACAUCUCAUCACACACACGGCAUCCUUAACCACCUCCCGCCCCCACAAUCCCGCGCUCAAUUCAAACGGGUGCCUGUCACUCACUCACUUACUCACUCGCGCAUUCCUUCACCCACUGAAUCGCCCCUUUGAACCCCCCCGCCUCAUCGCACAUCUCCGGCCAAAAAAAGGCCGCGCAGAAGAGAAGCAGUAAAAAACAACACCAGCCCCAUCUCACACACACAAGAGUCAUGCUCCGCCGCCCCGCAACAACCCUCGCCAUAACGGCAGAGGAUAUCGCCUCCUACGAAGACCGCCGCGCCCGCGAGGCCAUCGUCCGAGAAAGGCAGGUCCUCGUCCAGGCCCAGCAGCAGCAACAACACCAAGCCGCCCUCGCCGCCCAGCAGCAGCAGCUCCAGCAGCAGCGGAUCAUCCAGCAGCAACAGGCACAGCACCAGCAGCAUCCCUUCUCGUCACCCGUACCGCAGCAGCAGCAGUCCUCGCCGCAGCAUCCCCAGCAAAGGUACACGCAAGCUCAGAUCCACCAGAUGCAGCAGAUGCAACGCCUCCAGCAACAACAACAGCAGCAGCAGCAACAGAGUCUAGUAGACGACGACAGCAUGCUCACGGCGGACGUCGACGUCGACGACAGCUUGGAGUACGACGAGGUGCAGCAGCGGGAGCUGCUCAGGAGGCAGCAGGAGAUGAUGAGGGCGCAGAGGGGCCAGAGCGGGCGCGGCGGCGGCGGGGUGCAGACUACGCCUACGCCCGGGGAUGGGGGCCGUGGGGGACGGACGAGGGAGGAGAGGAUCGGUGUCGGGCGGCGUGGGAGGUGAGUGAGUGUUGCUCGAGAGUUGUGGUGAAGAUGCCGUUGGAAGAGGCUGGUGGUGUACCGGUUCACUGUUGUUGGAUAACAGAAUGUUUGGCGUUUUGGGAAUGCUAUCUUCCCCACGGAUACGCCUUGUAUGUGGUUGGUCAUGUCGGUUUACCUUGUCUCCUUUUUGAAGCUAGAUCGAGGCAGGACUUGGAACGUCACGCGUGGGAUAGUCUUGGGCAAAGUAUUUCAUCUGUAAAAUUCUGAAGGUC